GCUCUCUCGCCGGUGCGUCCAGUCCUCGCUCCGCGCCCGCGGCCGCCACCUUCUGCCGCCGCCGCCGCCGCCCUGUUCCCUCGGGAUCCCUUCUCCGCGGAGGGUCGACGCUCUGCCUGAGGGAAGUGGAGGCGGACCCGGGGGAGCGCCGAGGAGGAGCGGCGGGGGCGCGUUCCGGUGGCCGCUUCGAGUCGGGACGCCGGGAGCGCGGGGCUCCGGCCGCCGCGGAUCUCGCCCACCUUCCCGCGGCCGCCGGGCGGGCGAUGCAGCCGCCGAGAGGCAGGGGGGCGCCCCGGCGAGCCUAGAGCCCGCUUCCGCCCGCUUGGGGAAGGGCGCAUGGAGCUGUGAGCGCCGCGCGCGCGGAGACGCCGCCCCCGGCAGGCUCCCGAUGGCCGGGACGUACAGCUCCACUUUGAAGACCCUGGAGGACUUGACCUUGGACUCCGGCUAUGGGGCCGGGGACUCGUGCCGCUCGCUCAGCCUCUCGUCCUCCAAGUCCAACUCGCAGGCGCUCAACUCUUCGGCGCAGCAGCACCGCGGGGCGGCCUGGUGGUGCUACUCCGGCUCCAUGAACAGCCGCCACAACAGCUGGGACACGGUGAACACGGUGCUGCCCGAGGACCCCGAGGUGGCCGACCUGUUCUCGCGCUGCCCGCGCCUCCCCGAGCUGGAGGAGUUCCCCUGGACCGAGGGAGACGUGGCCCGCGUGCUCCGCAAAGGUGCGGGCGGCCGGCGGCAGCCCCCGUUCUCCGCCGAGGCGGUCCGGCGCCUGGCGGGGCUGCUCCGCCGGGCGCUCAUCCGUGUGGCCCGCGAGGCGCAGCGCCUGAGCGUGCUGCACGCCAAGUGCACCCGCUUCGAGGUGCAGAGCGCCGUGCGCCUGGUGCACAGCUGGGCGCUGGCCGAGAGCUGCGCGCUGGCCGCCGUCAAGGCGCUGUCCCUCUACAGCAUGAGCGCGGGCGACGGGCUGCGCCGGGGCAAGUCGGCGCGCUGCGGCCUCACCUUCUCGGUGGGCCGCUUCUUCCGCUGGAUGGUGGACACCCGCAUCUCCGUGCGCAUCCACGAGUACGCGGCCAUCUCGCUCACCGCCUGCAUGGAGAAUCUGGUGGAGGAGAUCCGGGCCAGGGUGCUGGCCAGCCAGAGCCCCGACGGCGGAGGGGCCGGAGCGGGGGAGGUGUCCGCUGAGGCCCUGGAAAUGGUCAUCAACAAUGACGCCGAGCUCUGGGGCGUCCUGCAGCCCUACGAGCAUCUCAUCUGCGGCAAGAACGCCAAUGGUGUCCUCUCCCUCCCCGCGUACUUCAGUCCCUACAACGCCGGGUCCUUGGGCCACGACGAGCGCGCCGAUGCCUACGCGCAGCUGGAGCUGCGGACCCUGGAGCAGGCCCUCCUGGCCACCUGCGUGGGGAGCAUCUCGGAGCUGAGCGACCUGGUCUCCCGCGCCAUGCACCACAUGCAGGGACGCCACCCGCUGUGUCCUGGCUCCAGCCCCGCCCGCCAGGCCCGCCAGCCACCCCAGCCCAUCACCUGGGCCCCUGACGCCCUCCACACGCUCUACUACUUCCUGCGGUGUCCACAGAUGGAGUCCAUGGAGAACCCCAACCUGGACCCCCCGAGGAUGGCCCUGAACAACGAACGGCCCUUCAUGCUGCUGCCGCCGCUGAUGGAGUGGAUGCGCGUGGCCAUCACCUACGCGGAGCACCGCCGCAGCCUCACCGUGGACAGCGGCGACAUCCGCCAGGCGGCCCGGCUGCUGCUGCCCGGCCUGGACUGCGAGCCCCGGCAGCUCAAACCUGAAUGCUGUUUCAGUUCCUUCCGGAGGCUGGACGCGCGAGCAGCUACUGAAAAAUUCAGCCAGGACUUGGGUUUCCGCAUGCUCAACUGCGGGAGGACAGACCUCAUCAGCCAGGCCAUCGAGGCACUGGGCCCCGAUGGGGUGAACACCAUGGAUGACCAGGGUAUGACGCCGCUGAUGUAUGCCUGUGCUGCUGGGGAUGAAGCCAUGGUCCAGAUGUUGAUUGAUGCUGGAGCAAACUUGGACAUCCAGGUUCCAAGCAACUCUCCCAGGCACCCCUCCAUCCACCCUGACAGCCGGCACUGGACCUCGCUGACAUUUGCUGUGCUGCACGGACACAUCUCUGUGGUCCAGCUGCUGCUGGACGCCGGUGCCCACGUGGAGGGCUCAGCAGUGAAUGGCGGCGAGGACAGCUACGCGGAGACGCCCCUGCAGCUGGCCUCUGCGGCCGGGAACUACGAGCUGGUCAGCUUGCUGCUGGGCCGGGGCGCCGACCCCCUCCUCAGCAUGCUCGAAGCCAACGGCAUGGCCUCCUCCCUCCACGAGGACAUGAACUGCUUCAGCCACUCGGCCGCCCAUGGCCACAGGAACGUCCUGAGGAAGCUCCUGACGCAGCCGCAGCAGGCCAAAGCGGACGUGCUGUCCCUGGAGGAGAUCCUGGCUGAGGGCGUGGAGGAAAGCGACGCAUCGAGCCAGGGCAGCGGCAGCGAGGGGCCCGUGCGGCUGAGCCGGACGCGCGCCAGGGCCCUCCAGGAGGCCAUGUACUACAGCGCGGAGCACGGCUACGUGGACAUCACCAUGGAGCUGCGGGCGCUGGGUGUCCCCUGGAAGCUGCACGUCUGGAUCGAGUCCCUGAGGACGUCCUUCUCGCAGUCUCGGUACUCGGUGGUGCAGAGCCUGCUGCGGGACUUCGCCUCCAUCAAGGAGGAGGAGUACAACGAGGAGCUGGUGACCGAGGGCCUGCAGCUCAUGUUCGACAUCCUCAAGACCAGCAAGAACGACUCCGUCAUCCAGCAGCUGGCGGCCAUCUUCACGCACUGCUACGGCAGCAGCCCCAUCCCCAGCAUCCCCGAGCUCCGCAAGACCUUGCCGGCCAGGCUAGAUCCUCACUUUUUGAACAACAAGGAGAUGUCAGAUGUGACCUUCCUCGUGGAAGGAAAGCUGUUUUAUGCACAUAAAGUCCUGCUGGUGACGGCUUCUAACAGGUUCAAGACACUGAUGACCAACAAAUCAGAACAAGAUGGUGACAGCAGCAAAACCAUUGAGAUCGGCGACAUGAAGUACCACAUUUUUCAGAUGGUGAUGCAGUAUCUGUACCACGGGGGAACGGAAUCCCUGGACAUCCCCACCGGCGACAUCCUGGAGCUGCUGUCAGCCGCCAGUUUGUUCCAGCUGGACGCCCUGCAGCGGCACUGUGAGAUCCUGUGCUCCCGGACCCUGAGCGUUGAGAGCGCCGUGAACACCUACAAGUAUGCCAAGAUCCACAAUGCCCCGGAACUGGCCCUGUUCUGCGAGGGCUUCUUCCUCAAGCACAUGAAGGCCCUGCUCGAGCAGGACUCCUUCCGGCAGCUCAUCUACGGCCGCAGCAGCAAAGUGCAGGGCCUGGACGCGCUGCGGGACCUGCAGAGCGCCCUGGCCGAGCGCGUGCACUCUCUCUACGUCACCUCCCGGGUGUGAGGCGGGGGGCGCGCUGGCUCUGGGCCGAGCGGGUGGGGAAGGCGGGGGACAAGUGCUUCCCAGGGUGUCUGGGCCAGCUCACAGCCAGGGCCUGUGGACACACUGGGGCCCUGCUGGGCGGAGGCUGGUUACAGGCUUUUUGGAGCCAGACU